AUGAGUAUUGUGUUGAGCUCAUUUUGGUUACAAUGGGUAGAAGUUGCGAUCGGAAAAUCAAUCUUGAUCUUGUAUCAAUAUGGAUUCUUGACUAUUGAUGGUAAGGCUUUUUAUUUUCUUACCAAUUACUAGAAGUUACCUACAGAUACAAAUAAAAGUUAUUCCCUUUGGCACACAUCUGAUGAAAAUCAGAUGAUUAAAAUAACCAAAUUUGAAAGAAUCGAGUUCCUCUACUUCGGUUCUCUUCUCCUCUGGCACUAUAAUUAUACAUUGGCUAUUGGAUUAGGAGGAAUAAUUGGAGAAAGAGUAUGCGCAACUAUUUUUAUCAAUGACUAUGAGAAAAAAUCAAGAACAUGGAUUCCGAUUCUGAUUGUCAGUGCUGUACAUCUAAUAUCGAUUCCAAUUUCAUUUGUUAUGAUUCAGAACAAGACAACAAUCGAGAUCUCAAUAAGUGGAAUGUUUUUAAUGACGACGAUGUUUUUGACGGUUAGCUGUGUGAGAGAAAAAUUCAGAAUAUUCUGAAUCUAGGAAAUUUCAGAGUUAUUUCUAUGUAUUGAAAUUCAAUCGACGAAAAGAAAUUCAGAAGAAUCUGAAUUUGAGUCAAAAAUUUCAAAUCAAAGAGAAUAUUCGAGCCAUCUCAAUUCUCAAAAUAUUCAUUUUGGUUGUGGUAGCCUAUAUAAUUUCAAUCGGAAUUUUGAUAAUGUUAUUAUACAUGAAAAUUGUUCAAGGAGCAUUAUUGGAUCAUACGGCUGAAAAUCUAAUUGCCCUGUAAUUAGCAAUGUUAUCCUAUGAUCUUUAAAAUCUCAUUUUUUUCAGAAAUCCAAUAGUACACAGUUUUGUUCUAAUGAGUUGCUCAAAAGUGUGGGCUCAGAAAUUCUUUCCAUUCGAGACUGGAAAAUAUUUUCAUUUUCAUGGUGAGACGGAUCAAAUUUUGAUGGCAAACGAUUCGACAAUGUAUUUCAAUCAACUCAAAAAUGCGUGGACAUAA